CGCUUGUCUUGCUUCUGCAUGCCCAUUGAAAAAAAAAACACUCGAUUUUAGCAAAUCUUACGUUGGCUGUUCAACACAAGCUCGCUUAGUGGGAUACAAGAUACUUUCACUUUCGCCUUUCAGAUCUCGAAGAUGAAUAUGCGCUUCACAUUGUCAUUAGCUGUCGUUUUAUCUUUGGUUCUGUUAGUGGGAGAGGCGAAAACUAUUGAUCCUUACAAGGUUCUUGGGGUUGAGCGGAAUGCAAGUCAACAUGAAAUACUGAAAGCUUUCCACAAGCUCUCUCUUCAAUACCAUCCUGACAACAAUAAAAAUAAGGGUGCUCAAGAGAAGUUUGCUGAGAUUAAUAAUGCAUAUGAGAUUCUAUCAGAUGAAGAGAAAAGGAAAAAUUAUGAUCUAUAUGGAGAUGAAAAGGGCAAUCCUGGAUUUGAUGCUGGCCAUCCUGGGGACCAGGCUGGAUAUACUUAUUUUAAAGGUCGUGGCCAAGGGCAAAAUGGGUUUGCAUUCAGACCAGACGAAUGGCAAAACAUGGGGGGACAGGGAGGUUCCCAAUCAUUCUCAUUUUCCUUUGGUGGUCCCAGUACUCGGAGUUCAUUUGGUUUUGGCCUGAAUGAUAUUUUCUCCAAUCUUUUUGGGGGUGAUAUUGGUGGCAAUCAGUUUGGUGGUUUCAGUGGUUCUUCCAGGUCUCAAUCCAGUUUUCACUCUGGCUCUAGAAGCUCCCCUAAGAGCUUGAGGCCUUUAAAUUCUAAAAUUUUUAAGAAAGAAAUUGCUGACCAAGGCAUGACUUGGCUUUUGUUAUCCUAUACUCCCUCUUUGGAGAGCAGUUAUUAUGAAUCAAUCAUACAGGAGGUUGCUGAUUCACUGCAAGGAGCUCUAAAGGUAGGAAGCAUUAAUUGUGAAAGUGAAAAGUCCUUUUGCACUGAGCUUGGCAUACAUCCCCGCCAAGUGCCAAGGGUAUUUGUCUACGCAUACAAAGCAAGUGAUAAGGGUUCUUUAGUGGAGUACAACGGUGAUUUGGUUGCUAGGAAUUUGAAGACUUUUUGCCAAGAUCAUUUGCCAAGGUUUUCAAGGCGGAUUGAUCUGAAACACCUUGAGAGUUCCUCUGGUAGCAGAAAAUUGCCCAGAGUUUUGCUUCUCUCCACCAAAAAAGAUACACCUGUGAUCUGGUGUGUCCUUAGUGGUUUAUAUCAUAAUCGCUUCAUUUUCAAUGAUGCAGAGGUUCAUAGUGUGAGUGAUCCAACGGUAAAGAAGUUGGGAGUUGAUGCACUUCCAGCUGUAGUUGGUUGGUUAUCAACUGGGGAAAAGCAUGUCUUAAAAGCAGGGAUCUCUGUGAAAGAUUUGCAAUCUGCAAUUCAAGAUCUUAGUGCCUUGCUUGAUGUGUUUGAUAAAAAGAAUAAGAAGGCAGCAUCAAGUCAGGCCAGAAAGCAGGAUGAUCUGGUGGAGAAACAGGUGCCAUUGCUGACACGGUUGAAUUUUGAACUCUGUGGGGAAAUGAACCCUGUUUGCAUCAUAGGUGCUUUCAGAACUUCAAAAGCAAGGGACAAGCUAGAAUCCAUCUUAUCUACAGUCUUAAAAAAAUCAUUUUCAAGGCAACGGAAUCCAGCAUCUGGCUCUAGGUAUUCUAUUUCCUAUAGUCUCUUAGAUGCAAAAUGGCAGUUAGCAUUCUUAAAUGCAUUUGAAAAAUCUGGAUUCAAGUCAUCAGAUGAGGUAUUGUUGGCCUACAAACCUCGGAAGGGAAAGUUUGCAACAUUUGCUGGUGAAAUGACUGCAGAAGAAGUGGAGAGAUUUGUUAGCUCUAUUCUUAAUGGAGAUGUACAAUUUAAGAAGACAAGACAGAAGCCAAUGAUCAAAUGAGAUAGUUAAAAGUAACAAAUUACAAUCAGGAUUCUGAUCUGAGGUACAUAGCUUAGGGAGUGAAAAUCAUGAUCACUUGAUCACCUUUAAGGGUAAACACACACAUUCAGCCCUUAGCCCCAGAUGCCAUUUGAUAAUCCUCUGGUAUUAUGAUGACUGUAAUCUGUUAUCCUGCAAAGUAGUGCAGUUUAUAAUUGUAAGGCUGCAUGGAAGAUGGUGGUUGGGAAAAUCCUCUCGGGGAUUUGGUAUUUUUGUUAGGACUUCAGCCUCACAUGGAUGGUAAUCGUUCAAUUUUUGGACUCGUUAAUAUAUAAUUUUAUUAUCUUACUCUCCAGUGGUGUUUCAACUUUGCCUAAUUCGAUCAUGAAUCCUGGUUGAUUGUUGAGCGUAGGGAAGAAAAGGUUUGCAGCUUUCCAAUUGCUUGUCAAAAUUUUACAUGCAUGAUGUAUCUUUGUUCACAUAAAUGUAAAAUUAAUCUUAAAAAAGAAAUUCUCAUUAUGUGUA